UUGCCUCAAUCUAGUCAGCGAUAGCAGCUGUGGCAUACAUGCGCGUGGAGACAUAAUAUUAUAUGUGAUUAUUUCGAACGGCUUGCAACUAAUUUGUACUAGUGUUUUAUUUCUGAAAAACAAAAUGGACGUUUUGUCUAGGAUACGCAGUCACCAACGCACUCCCUCGGGGUCCAGAGACUUCAAGGAGGCGACCAAGCGGGAUGCCCUUGCCCGACUCGAGGUGGAGUUGGAGCGACUCGUGGGGACUUUGCCGGAGAACAAGCGACCCCAUGUCGAGAAGGAGCUGAAGGGGUUCAAGAAUUUGUUCAGCAGAUUCUUGGCCGAACAGGGCCCGUCAGUGUCAUGGGACAAAAUCCAGAAACUACCAGAAGGUGCAGUGAUAGAUUACUCCACGCUUACAACUCCGACCACAGAUAAUAUACAUCACAUGCUGGAUAAGCUAGUUGUGGUCAAACUAAACGGUGGUCUUGGCACCUCCAUGGGCUGCAAGGGACCUAAGUCUGUGAUCCAAGUGAGGAAUGACCUCACCUUCCUCGACUUGACUGUGCAGCAAAUAGAGCAUCUGAACAAAACUUACAAAUGCAACGUUCCGCUGGUGCUGAUGAACUCCUUCAACACGGAUGAGGACACUCAGAAGGUGAUUCGCAAGUACAAGGGUCUGAAGCUGGACAUCCACACCUUCAAUCAGUCCUGCCACCCCCGCAUCAACCGAGAAUCGCUGCUACCCGUCACCAAGUCCGGAGACGUGCACUCAGAUAUCGAAGCAUGGUAUCCCCCAGGACACGGUGACUUCUACGAAUCCUUCCACAACUCGGGUCUUUUGGAUAAGUUCAUAAACGAGGGCAGGACCUACUGUUUCAUCAGUAACAUAGACAACCUGGGCGCUACAGUAGAUCUCAACAUCCUGAAUCUCCUUCUAAAUCCAAGCCAGAGCACAAGCUCCGAAUUCGUCAUGGAAGUGACCGACAAAACCAGAGCCGAUGUCAAAGGAGGUACCCUGAUCCAGUAUGAGGAUAAGCUACGUCUUUUAGAAAUAGCCCAAGUGCCGAAAGAACACGUCGAUGACUUCAAAUCUGUGAGCCAGUUCAAGUUCUUCAACACCAACAAUUUAUGGGCAAAACUGGGUGCUAUAAAAAGAGUAGUGAACCAAGGGUCUCUCAACAUGGAGAUAAUUGUGAACAACAAGAGUUUAGCAGACGGCCUGAACGUGAUCCAACUGGAAACAGCUGUCGGAGCAGCUAUGAAGUGUUUCGAUGGUGGAAUAGGAGUGAAUGUCCCAAGGAGCAGAUUCCUUCCGGUGAAGAAGACGUCGGAUCUGUUGCUUGUCAUGUCAAAUCUGUACAGCCUCUCGCACGGGUCGCUGGUGAUGUCCCCGCAGAGGAUGUUCCCGUCGACACCGCUGGUAAAACUUGGGGACAACCAUUUCGCGAAGGUCAAGGAGUUCCUGAAUAGGUUCGCGACGAUACCAGACCUAAUAGAACUUGAUCAUCUGACUGUUUCUGGUGACGUCACAUUCGGUAGAGGCGUGUCUUUAAAGGGCACUGUGAUCAUCAUCGCGAACCACGGAGACAGGAUUGAUAUCCCGUCUGGAGCGCUGCUCGAGAAUAAAAUAGUGUCCGGAAAUCUACGGAUCUUAGACCAUUAGUGAAUAAUAAUAUGUCGGCUGUGUCGCAGGGAUUUCAGGAUUAUUAAGGAUUUAGUGAGAUUCGCAAUCGUUACCUUAAAUCUGUAAAAUACUAUGCUUCUAAUUAAAAUUGGUUUGCAGUAAAUUAUUCUUCUAUUAAGCAUUUCACUUUAGGGUAAGACUGGUAUUUGUUUCUUAAAUGCUGUCCUGUAAGUUUUGAUUGGAUUAAAGGCGUUUUAUUCAACCAUGUUAUUCAUAAUGUAACAAAAAUUUAUGAACGAUGCGGGACUUUAAACCGGGUUUCGUCCGAGCGCUCUUUCCAACCAUCCAACCGUUCGAGUACGCAUGGAUCGUAAAUUUUGGUAUAUCUUGUUUUGUAUGAAUUCUUAGUAUAUGUUCAAGUUAUAUUACAGUUACCUUUUCGGAAACUAGGCGCAGAUCCGAUAUAGUCCGUAAAUUUUGGGAAAAUAUAAAUAAAAACUUACAAAUAUUUAAAAUAAUAAAAUUACACAAAUAAAUAUAUUGAUAUUAUGCGAUACAUGAUGGAAAUAUUGCGAUAAUCACGAAAUCCUUAAACAUCCUUCGAUAUGCAGACAGAAUUGAGUUUAUUAAAGGUGCAUGUUCACUUGAUAAAAUCAACGCAGGGCUUUACCAGUAUAGAUAUGUAUUAUUUUUUUAAUUUUCUACCAUUUUAUUUUCUUUUAAAAGAAAAUAUGUCAAAGAGCCUUCUAGAUAGAAAACCACAAAUGUGAUGUCAUAUUUUAUUGAUUUUUUUAUAUAAAUCUAUUUCAUGUACCAAUAAUAUUUUACUAUCUGUACCACAAUUUCUCGGAAAGGUCAUCGUUUCGAUGUGACAACUGGACACAAAGUUUAUUAUAGACAUUACAAAUUAUAAAUGUUGUCUACGUAGUGUAUUCAUUUAGUUUCUCUAUCUUUACGGAUAAGUUUUGCUAGUUACGUUAAAUAUAUAUUAUAAUUCUAUGAACCUAUAAGAAGCGCCGUGCGUGCGUUUACGUCAAGUGAACACGUUACUUGCGUAUACUGUAUAAGCCUCGUCAAUAGAGAAAUAAUUUAAUGAAACAGAAAACGUAAUAAUAGCUAUCACUUACAAUUCCGUUCUUAGAUUAUCCUUAAGAAUUUAUCUCAUUAUUUUCUUACUGACUUUUUUGCACGCAGUACACCCGCGUGUACAGAUAGCAAAACGGUUUGAUUGAAAAAUAAUAAUGAAAAGCGACGCCAUUUUAGAUUUCCUAUUGACUCGGGUUAUAUAAGCUAUAUUAUUGGUAGAUACUUGUUAGGAAUGUGAACUCGUAUCUAUUUUUUAUCUAGUUUUAGUAGCAGUUAGGGUUUCGAAAAAGUACAAUAACUUUAGGUUUUAAGUUGAUGAAAAUUUUCACAAUCAUGGUCAUUUCUAUAAGGCUUUUUUAUUUCACUAAAAGUACACUACUGGUGUUGCUUUAAAUAAAAUUAAGUAGGCACUCAUUAAUUCAUAUUUGUUUUCCUCUUUUUUAUAUUAUUUUUUACUAUACUUUUAUCUUAUACUAAAGUCUAAACCGAAUUUGUAAAAACUAUUAUAACAUAAUUAUUUAUUUAGUCUUUAGAUAGUUUUUUAAAAAUAUUUAUUUUUUCGCACAAAGUCUUGACUUUUACGUCAAAAUGAUAUUAAUCGUUAUAGUUAUUUUUUUUUAAAUAUUUUAUUAGGAUUAUGUUUUAUAACAGUAAUAUUUUACAAACGGUAUUGUGAAAACAUGCAAAAUGAACGUAAAUGCUCUCACCAUAAAAUAAACAAAACUUGCAUAAUGCAUGACGCUUAUGAUUAGUCAGGUAACAUGGAUUCAGCAUCUGUCAAAAGUGACGUUUAUUAAGAUGGUGUCUUCUCAACGACCACUGUAGUCUAUGUACCGUAUGUCAAUAAUACGAUUGAAUAAGAAAAAUAUAUGUUACUUAUUUUUUAGAUUUUUAGUAGAAGAAUGUGCAGAUGAGAAAGGUUUUUUAGUUUAGAGAUUAAGUUUGAAAUACAAAUAAUUUAUAUGUU